AUGUUCAAAUUCAAAAAUACUCAGCCCAACAUCGUUGAAAGCAAUCCAAUAUGGGAAGAAUUUGCGGCUCGAAAACAAACACCGGCGGCUACUGCGGGCCCGGAACAUGUUUGGAGGAUCUUUGACGCCUACAAAAAAAGCGAUGGACAAGACGCGUCUGUGUUUGUCUUUGAAAAAAGGUCUGUUGAAAAAUUUCACAAGCCCAAACACAAGGAGACUGUUACUGAAAUUUUGAGAAGGUGUGCAAGAAAUUUGGAGGACUAUCGACAUCCUAAAUUACUUCAAGUAAUUCAUCCAGUAAAAGAGUGUGCGGAAACGCUGGCAUUUGCAACAGAACCUGUCCUCGGAAGUUUAGCAAAUGUAUUGGCCUACAGGGAACAAGCUGCAACAGCAAUUCCAACCGCCGCUAAUCCAAACUCAAAUUAUGCGGCCGGCCAACAGAAUCCUCAUCAGCAGCCACCAGGACAUCGACCAAUUCUAAUUAAGGAAUAUGACAUGGUUCCAAUGGAGAUAAAGUAUGGGUUGUUACAGGUUAUCACCGAGGCGCUUUCUUUUCUUCACUGCAGCUGCAAGGUUAUACAUAAGAAUGUCUGUCCCAGUAGCAUUAUCAUAACGAAAAAAGGAACAUGGAAGUUAUUUGGCCUCGAGUUUAUUGAUCCAAUACCGUGUCACCCAUGGACCAAUAAAAUAUCAAAAAUAAUUCAACCAAACCUUGAUUAUAUUGCACCCGAAAUACAAUUAACAAAAUUAUGCAGUAUUCGUAGCGACAUGUUUAGUCUUGGAAUGGUUAUUGCUACCAUUUACAAUGACGGCAGAUCACUUAUACAAGCCAAUCAUAGUAAUUCUGAUUAUAUUAAACAAUUGGAUAAUCUGAAUGAAAAUGUAGAAAACCUUCUUUCAAGAGUACCUAUUGCUCUCCACGAAGCAGUUUCUAGAUUACUUCACAAAGAUCCCGAAGCAAGACCCAUAGCGAAGCAUCUUUCGCUUAUAAAGUACUUUAGCGAUCCUUCAGUGCACGCGCUUCAAUUUCUUGAUGUAAUAAACAUGAAAGACCCAAAUCAGAAGGCACAUUUCUAUAGAAAUACGCUCAAAGAGGUGCUUCCUUUUAUACCUCUGAAAUUGUGGUACCAACAUAUCUGGCCUUAUCUCCAAGCAGAAUCAAAAUCCCAAGAAGUAUUUGCGUCAGUACUGCAACCAAUGUUAUUCAUAAUUCAACAAAGUAACACCGAAGAUUAUGAAAAAAUAAUCUUGCCCUCAUUCCGUGAACUAUUUUCGAGUCCAAGGUCCGUUCAGGGGACAGUCGUGCUGCUGGAAAACCUCCAUGUUGUCUUUGAGAAAACUCCCAGUGAAAUAAUUAAUGGAGAAAUGCUCCCAGUACUCUAUUCAUCUUUUGAGAGUCCAAAUAUUCAAGUUCAAGCAGCGGCAUUUGUCGCAGUGUCAAAAGUGUGUGAUUAUAUUGACGAAAAUUCGCUGAAAAAUAUCGUGUUACCGAAGUUAAUGCAGGCAUUUGAGGGUAGCACGACAGACUCUCGAGUCUUAAUGAAUUGUCUCUCUAGAAUUCUUGAACAAUUGGAUACUCAGCAAAUAACUGACGAGGUAUUUCCUUUAUUGUGGGAGAUAAAACUACAAGAGCCAGAUGCCGUUUUGCGGGUAGUAAACAUUUAUAGGCUUCUGCUGAGCAACAAAAAAUACGGACUCUCGAUAAACUUAUUAGCAACCAGAGUAAUGCCCAUUCUUCUCCCAGUCACCGUAAAUCCGUCCCUGAAUAUAGAUCAAUUCACGGUGCUAAUGGAGAUCCUUCAGGACAUGCUAACGCGUAUCGAGAGGAACCAAGCGAGUAAAUUAAAACUGUCGAUGUCCAGUCCGGAGCGUCAUCGACCAUUGAGACACCAAUUUAGCACCGAAAAUAUGCACGUUCCGCCAUUUAACAUUCCCGGAUUGCGCAUUGAGCAAAGAAAGACGUCGUCUGCUGAAGACAUGGUCCGUAAAACUUCUAUUGGCUCGAUGUCGAUGACUGCUUCUGCUGAAAACAUGACGAGGAAAAAUUCAAUGUCUGGUAGUUUACUGGGUGGUUGGUGGUUUGGUUCGUCAUCAUCAGCAAACGAAGGUGGUUUCCUACGGGUCGCCAGUGCCUUCCCAAGUCGUCGACUAUCAGACAAUACUCUUAUGACACCCAAGAUACGCAUUGCGCCGUCAUGCUCAAGCUCACCUGGAGGCACUCCUGGUGGCGGGUUACCUAUUAGACGUCAUUCCAGUACGGGACCACAAGAACGUCGUGGCUCCAAUGUCAACCUAUCACCUCCAACGGGCGGAAUGCCGGCAACAAGUAAUAGUGUGCCGUACCUUCUGAGCUCGAGUAUGACAAGCAUUCGUAAUUCCCGUCGACCGUCAGUGUCAUCAACAACAUCCCAACAAGGCUCGGGUCUGCUGCAGCAAUUUGGCACCGGCAUGAAUCAACGGGGUAAUUGGGAUCAUUAUUAUCCGGAUGAUGACAUUACGCCAUCAACGAACCAAGUAGCUAUUGUCGUGACUAUUGAUGGAUCUUCCGGAUCAUCAUCCACUGAACAAAUACGCCCGCAAUAA